ACCCCCUUGGAAGCAAUUGGUAGAUCCGGCAGGCGUUCCAGGCAAGCAACUCACAGUCUGCUGAUACCCAAAAGCAGCUUGCAAAUUGAGGAAGAGGGAUGCUCCAGGAGACCAUGGAGACGGAUUAGGAACAGCGGUUGCAACAUGCUUCGAGGCAGAUUCCAUGAUUGAUCCGUUGGUGUUUUUUUUAUUUUUUUAUUCUGCUCCCCGACCUUGCCUGACAGUCCCCCUUGGAGAUCAGCCCUUCCAUUUUUCCACAGCUCCCUUGGGGAAGUAUGACUGAGGUGGAGCCCGUCCUGGAUUUUGCAUCAUCAGGGCGCACUGGCCGAAGAAACGCCUUGCCGGAUAUCCUGGGUUCACCAGCUGGCGUCAGCCCCACCGACUUGCCCCUGAAACUGGCAGAAAUGUCUAUCACCUCAGACAGAUCACAAGAAAUGCAGUCACCAGCCACAGAGGUGCCUCCACCAGCACCCCAAAGCCCAGAGUUGAAAGAUACCUCUUAACCCUUCCUCCUGGAGGUCAACUGAAGAAGGAGGAGCUUCCUGACAUCCAAAGAAGUUUGCCUGCAGUUUGCUGGGGCUACCUGGCGAAACUUGUCUUAACAUCCUGUGGUAUGAAGGAGAGACACAGGAGGAUGGAAAAAAUAAGCCACCGCACAUUUUAUAAAGACCUGAGUGGGACCUUUAGGGACUCCUUCUUCAGAGGGCACUUGAAGAACUGCAAGACAGAAUGGAAGGGGUUGCUACAGAGUUAAGUUUGUUUCCACAGCUCUGGUGCAGGGAGCAACCAUGAACAGAAAGUCCCGUCAAGUUGCUUUGGAAUCAUCUAGUUCAGGAUUGUCUUGGUUGAAAGCUGCAGGUUCCCAGAGCUUCAGCCAGGGGCCUUCUUGAAGCUCAUCUGGAGAUACCGAGAACUUGGCAUGGGAACCAGCUACAAAGGCUGUUCCGCUGAACUUCAUCCUUAACGGUGCAUCUGCCAUAUAUUUGUGGGUCCAAAAUGUUAUUCCAAGAUCCAUGAGGUGUUGUUAUUUUUUUU